CCUGAAUUUUAAAUUAUUUUUGGAUAUAAUUAUAAUAUAUACAUAUAUAUAUAUAUCUCCCUUGUCUGCCUCGUUUCCCAGAGGUUUGGCUCGUGUUAAGCAGAUUUUAUUGAUCUCGUGUUCAGCCUCAGCGAAACUACAACUUGCAGAUAAUUGCUGAAGGCUACUUUGGGAUCAAUACUGUGCAAACACACAAGGUUGUGUAUGGGUGAUUGCUUUCAUGUAACAUCAGUUCGACCCCACAAGAGCCAUUACCUCAGCCUCUGCACUCCGCCACGGAGCAAAGAACCCAGAUACUCUCAGAGUGUAGUCCAAGGAAAAACCAAAAUACUUUUCAACGGUAUUUUAAAAGAAAACAGGCUGGUUGUAGAACUGUUUUGUGAUGGAGAAACCACUCUGAGUAUCGGAGGGGCUGUUGUAGGUGGGGUCAUUUCGCAAUGGACGCAAGUGUCAGGAUGAUUGUAAUGGAUAUGGAUACUUAGAGAAGAUUUCGAAGAAGCUGCAGAGAGAGCAGCAGAGAGUGGGAUAUUUAUUCGAAGGCUUGUCGUCAGGGAUCCACAAGGACAUUACAGAGUUUUUACGGGGGUUCAGGAGGGGAUCUUUGGUCAGGGACUGGAGAAAAUCUCUUCUGGUGUUUAAUAAAUUCAAACCCACGGCGAACCUGAAAACUGAAAACCCGGAGGAGAAAGCGUUCAGAUUUCGGAAGUCAUGCCAGCCAGCCCGGAAAACAUUCCUCUCGGAGAGUGCACACUUUCCCAGUCCAAAGAGCAGUUGACACCACCAAGUCGUACGGAAAGCACCGUAUUCAGUCUUUCCCGCAGUGAGUCGUUAUGGACUACUGAGGCCUCCCGUGGGAAGUGUGAGGUCUUCUGGUUUCCCAUCCACCUAAUGUCAACUGGGGGAAGCUUCCUGGCCUGUGGCAUUGUCAUUAGCGGUCUAUACUUUGCAGGCCACUGCAGAAAGGUCACCAACAUCCUGGGCCCGGCCCUGCUGUCGAUUGGCUUGAUGGUUUUCGUAGUGGGUGUGGUCCUGAUUCCGAUCACCAAGGAGAACAGGAAAAAAUCGAACAUGAAGAGGCCCCUGAGCUACUACAGGCCACCCGCGUUCAACAUGUGACACUGUAGGCAAGCAUUGCGUACUGGGAGUACAUUCGGCUUUAAAAAGGAAGGGUUU